UACAAAAGUCCAGUUAUUUCAACGUGUGGCGGCGUCCUUUUAUAAAUAAGACAAAAACACAGAAAAUACGAAUUUAAAGCACCUUCAAAAGUAAAUGUGUGCGCGAAAUUAGCACCCACUUAAAAUUUAAUGUUGCGCUGUGGAUUUUGUCUGCACUUCAUUCGGCCACACACUUCUGUACAGUUUUGGCUCUAACAAGGCGGCAAACUACUACGCAUAUUCUCAUACAUGUGUACUUAUUGUGCUGUUUAAUAUGGAUAUAACCGAACAAUUAGGCGUCGUAAAGAAGAUGGUGCAUUCUGUGCUGGUGUCGUCGCCUCAGGUAAUGUCGUUAAUGCAACUGAGUCGCGACUACAGGGAGAUGGUGGGCGCAGAUGUGCCGUACCACCAGCUCGGCUACAAAGACUUGGAGCAUUUUCUUCGCUCCCUUCCGGACAUUGUACAGGUGACUGGCUCCGGACAUAUGGCUAUUGUGCGGCCAGUGGCAACUGCAGAGUCGGCACACAUCCAGAAAUUCGUCAAGUGCCAGAAAAAGACGACCAGACGUCCCAUAAUUCAAAGCAAACGUAGACCACAGCCUAUAUAUGACCCGACGCCAUCAGAUUUGGUCUUUAUCAACGAGUCUGUUGGGAAGGGCUAUCCUGGAAACAUGUACUAUCCGGUUAAUCAGUUUCGGCCACCAAUGAGACAACCAGACAACAACUUCCAGCAAAAUCGUCCAAUCAACCCGUUCAAUCCUCAGAUGAGAGUCUAUCCGAUUGUUUAUCUAGCUGCACAUCAGCAGGGAAUGUAUAACAUGCACACACAAAUGCAACCCAUGCGUAUCCCAUAUCAAGUGAAGCAGCCUCUUCCGUCACCCUCUUCGACUUAUAUGCCCUUGCGCAGUUCGACUCCAAUCGAAAUGAAACAGCCAAAGCCAACUCAAGCUUUAGAUUCCAUGGUGAAGUCAUUCACUGAUCUAUCCCUUGCUGCCACUGGAGAGAUGAAGGCGCAGGAGAAGAAUGUGUCUGAAUGUGUCUGCAGCUCCAACGACAAUAAACUCGGUCCUGCACCAGUGUCUGAUUUGAACAACGAUAAAAGCCCAAUCAAUGUCAUGGCUUCUGAAGAAGAACCAGUCGUGGAACUGGGGAAUGUAGAAAGUAUUCCGCUUGAACUCGACAACAAACAAGAGGAUAAAUCCUUCGUUUACGAUUCCUCGAGCGAUGAUUGCAACGAGAGUGAUGCCUUUCCAGCAUAUGCUGUGGAUCAACGUGUUCUUGGUGUCGACUAUCCGCGUGACACCGUUCGCUCCGAUUACAAGAUGCAGCGUCGCGACUUGGAAAAAGAUCUCAAAGUGGACGAGCGCUACUUCCUGCAGCUUGUGGAGGUGACCAAUCCGCAUAGCUUCCACUUCUGGAUAUACGACGACUACGACGCAUAUCAUACAUUUUCAAGCAACAUACAGGAAGUCUACAAGCGCUUGGAUUCGACAAUAUUCACGAUGCCCCAGUGCUUGCUGACGCCUGGCCACCUGUGUGUCGUCUGCCCCAGAAAUUCAUCGGAGUGGGAGCGUGCCAAGAUCAUCAGCCAACGUACGGACACUGUGCGCAAGACCAUUGAGGUGGAGCUCAUCGAUACGGGUGUAAUCGAUACCGUGUACACCAAGGACGUAAAGUUUCUAAUGAACCAAUUCGCCGACAUGCCGCCGCAAGCAAUACAGGGCCGAAUGGCUUAUGUGUCACCGCUCAAGAGUCCGCGCUGGUCCUCGAAGGCUGUUGCCACAUUCAAACAACAAGUGAGCUACUGCAGACUCUUUGCAAAAGUGGAGGCAAUCAAGAACAACAUUGCGCAUGUGGUGCUCGUCGACGGGGAUAAUGUUAAUUUAAAUCUUUCGCUAUUAGACUCGGGCCUGGUACGUCGCUGCUUGCAAUCCUAGCAGCCCAGUUACCAUUUUGAAGAUUAAUCAUAUAAUAUUCAUUCAAUAUUCAAUUCACAGUCGCCUAGUCGCGUUUUUUUUUGGUUUUUUACGUUAUAUUUUUUGUUGACCAGCUGUUUUCUUUAUUAUUUUCUGGUAGUGAAACGAAUCGUUUUAUUUUAUUUUAAGGCAAACGCUGUCCUGCUUUUCUUUUUAUUAUUUACGUGUAAUAAAAUACUAAGUUACAUAAAUCCCCCGACAA